CAAAUUCCUAGCAUGAUGACUCAAAACAUUCAAGAAAAAAAGUAUAAUAUGUUAAAGUUUAAAAAAGAAUAUACUAAAGUUUUGGAGCAUUUGGUUAAAAGAAAUAAAUUACUUGCAAUAAACUUACUUGGAGCAAAUUUUACUAUGAUUAUUGAAGCAGUGCUAUUGUGGUGUGUUGAAAAAAGAUUAAUAGGAAAAGUUGGCUUUAUCACAACAUCAGGCUUUAUAGGUUUAAGUGGAAUUAUAGC